AUAGAACCAGCAGGCAUAUGACAGUUUUGUCCACGCGCAAGUUUAUAAAAUUUAUUUUUCGAAAAAUACAUCUCCGCAAUAAAAUGAAGGUAAUUCCUUUGGAUACCGAGGGUAAAAUUCAAAUGCCCGUCAUUGGUUUGGGGACUUGGAGAGCCAAACCAGAGGAAGUUCAAAAUGCUGUUUUGGCAGCUCUUGAAAAUGGUUACAAACACAUUGAUACUGCCUUUAAUUAUAACAAUGAAGAUGCGAUAGGGGAAGCUCUCCAAAGAUUUUAUGCAUCUGGAAAGGGGAAGAGAGAAGAUCUGUUUAUAACAACCAAACUGCCUCAUGUAGGAAAUAGACCGAGUGAAGCUGAAAAAUUCCUAAAAAUGUCCAUGGAGAAGCUCCAGGUCAGCUACUUGGAUUUAUACCUCAUCCACAUGCCUUUUAGUUUUUUCUAUAAUGGAAGUGACUACACUCCCCUGCAGAAUGAAGAUGGAUCCUUCCAAUUGGACACUAAUAAUGACAUUGUAGGAACUUGGAAGGUUUUGGAGGAACAAGUGAAAAAAGGCACUAUUAAAGCAAUUGGUCUUUCAAAUUUCAACGCGGAACAGAUUCAAAGAAUUUACGAUGCUGCUGAAAUAAAACCUUCUGUUUUGCAAAUUGAGGUUCACGCUUAUUGCCAACAGAGGGAACUAACGGAGCUGUGCAAAAAAUUAAAUAUUACCGUUACUGCAUAUUCGCCGCUUGGUAGUCCGGGUGCUAAUAAUCAUUUUAGCAGCAAAUAUAAUUAUUCACUGGACAACUUCCCUGAUAUUUUGGGACAUCCAGUGGUAAAAGAAAUAUCGGAAAACCACGGAAAAUCGACGGGUCAAGUCCUAUUAAGGCACCACUUGCAACAUGGCAUAACAGUCAUACCGAAAAGUUCAAAUUCAGAGAGAAUCAAGCAAAACAUCGACGUAUUCGAUUUUGAGUUAAGCGAAGAGGAAAUGGAGAAGUUGGAUUCUCUGGAUAAAGGGGAGGAGGGAAGGAUUUUCGACUUCAAAUUUUUCAAAGGAGCUGAAAAUCACCCUGAGUAUCCUUUCAAGAACAGGCUGUGAAAUUAGAGUAAUUUAUUAAAAUGCACUACAAAAACACAUUUAAUUAAAUAAAAAAAACAAUAGAUAACUGACAUAAGAUGUAAUGUAUUAAAAAAUACUACAAAC